AUGCUUGGCCAAGUUACUUUUGGUUGGAUAGACAAACGUUGCAAACAAGCAACUGGUUGUUAUGCUAAAGUAUUUGGAGGAAUUUCAUUAAUUUUAACUGACGAUCCAGGUCAGUUACCACCAGUGGCUGAUAAACCUCUUUAUCAUGCAAAGCCAUCUAGCACUGUUGGUGAACAAGCAAAAAAAAUUCCUUCUGAUGACAUGUCUGGGUUAGAACCAGUUGUUUUUCUGGCUAAAGGUGCCAGAGUUAUGCUAACCAUGAAUUUGUGGUCAACUGUAGGCCUAUGUAAUGGAGCUACGGGAAAAGUUGUUGAUAUUAUUUUUCACGACAACCAUCAACCACCAGACUUGCCUAUUGCAGUCAUAAUUGAGUUUGAAAACUAUAGAGGUCCUGCUUUCAAUGUAGACAAACCAUUUUGUGUUCCAAUAUGUCCAAUCACAGUCUCUUCACAAUUAGAAACUGGAUAUCAUGAGAGGCAACAGCUGCCUCUAAGACUCGCUUGGGCUCUAACAAUACACAAGAGCCAAGGACUAACACUUCCCAAAGCGUGGAUAGAUAUUGGCAAGUCUGAAAGAACUGCCGGAGUUUCAUACGUUGCAAUAAGCAGGGUAAAAUCAAUUUUAUCUUGUGUCAUUGAACCAAUGACUUACGAGCGAUUAACAAGCUUGAAAUCAUCAGCCAAUUUACAAUACAGGAUUGAAGAGGAAAACCGCUUAGAUAGUUUAGCACAGACUUCUUAUAGCAGUGCUUUUUAAUGAACAAAUUUUACAGCUACUUUAUUUAAUAUAAUGUGUAAUCAGUCCUAUACAACAAAUCAAUUUCAUGGCCAUAAUCACUGCAUGUAUAAUGUAUGUAAAUAAGAUCAUCAGCAAAUACGAUAAACGUAAGUUAUUUUUUCAGGCUUAUUACAUUGCCUUCUCAUAUUCCCCUUUUUAUGAUAAUGCAACAGUUUU